CUAACAGCUCUUGCCGUAGAUACCCGCAACCUUGCAUACCGAAAUCGGCAGUUUGUAGAUUGCUUACAGAUGAAAAUGGGGGCUGCUUGGCGUCGGGCAACUACCAUACUAUUUACUUCGAGUCCUCAUCAGGCCAUCGAUGACCCAAAACUGAAAUCAAAACCCAAGCUCCAAAACGUCUUGGACCUGCAAUUCCAACUUCAAAAUGGUCACCGUUACUCUUCCAGAACCCUUUGCCAGUAUUCCAAAGUCGGAUUUCCUAUUCGGACCUUCUCCAAUUCACGCACUUCCUCGAAUCUCCGAAGCUCUAGGUGGGAAAGUUGACGUAUGGGCAAAGAGAGAAGACUGCAAUUCUGGAAUAGCAUUUGGGGGUAAUAAGACUCGAAAACUAGAGUGGGUUCUUCAUCCUGUUACAUGAUUUGGUUUUCUAAUAAAUAUAGAUAUCUCGUACCUGAAGCUCUCGAGCAGGGAUGUGAUACUCUCAUCAGUAUUGGGGGAGUUCAAUCGAAUCACACCCGUCAAGUAGCAGGAGUAGCUGCAAAAGUUGGACUCAAAGUAUUCAUUCCUUCUGCUUUACUCACCGAAGUGAACUGGGACUAAUAUUGAGCUCUAGGCUAAACUAGUACAAGAACACUGGGUAGAAUGGAGCGAUCCAGGGUACGAGAAAGUGGGAAACAUUCAACUCUCCCGGCUUAUGGGAGCAGCACCAAUUCUUGACCCUUCAACUUUCGGUAUCGAGCAUAAACCAACUCUCGCUUCCCUGACCAAAGAAGUCAUUGCCGAGGGUGGAAAGCCAUAUUACAUCCCAGCAGGAGCUUCAGAUCAUCCACUUGGUGGUCUGGGAUUUGCUCGAUGGGCUUUUGAGGUUCAUGCCCAGGAGAAGGAAUUAGGUGUUUUCUUUGACAAUAUUCUGGUUUGUGCUGUUACUGGAUCCACUUUUGCCGGUAAGCUUCAUUUCUCACGUUUAAAAGUGGGAUUUUUGAACUGAUUUGAGAUGUAGGAAUGAUUGCUGGAUUCAAACUUCUUGAGCUCAAACAUGGUGUUCCUCAUCGAAGAGUUAUUGGAAUAGACGCCUCUGCCAAACCAGCCGAGACUCGAGCCCAAUGUCUUCGAAUCGCAAAGUUCACAGGUGUGAAAAUUGGAUUGAAGGAUGAGGAUAUCACGGAAGCAGACAUUGAAUUGGAUGAGAGGUAUCAUGAUGGGUGUUAUGGAAUUCCAAAGCAAAUGACAAUCGAUGCUAUGCGAUUUGGUGCGCAGACUGAGGGGUUCAUUACUGAUCCUGUUUAUGAGGGAAAGAGUUUGGCCGGGAUGAUGGAUAUGAUCAAAAAGGGAGAGAUCAAGGGAAAGAUUUUGUACGCACACCUUGGAGGACAAUUGGCGUUGAAUGCCUAUUCUGAGGUCUGUUGAACAUGUGCGUAUGGGUUCUAGCAUUUCUUAGAGAGUAAAUAUCGAAAUAACGAGAAUGAAGAGCUGAUUUGAACAACCUAUGCGGAGUACUGUA